AGGAAUGAGAUGGUUGUCGUGUUUGCGCAGACUGCGGUCUUCAACCGCGUGCUGCCAUUCAUGGGCAAUCGUUUUCUCGACCUCGCUGGACAGGAGCGCUCUGCGACUCGUCGGCCUGAACCGGGACCCUGUGCCCGCCGAGGCGCUGCGGGAGGCCCGCCGCGUGCGGCUGCCCCUCGUGUGCACCUCGCUCCUGGGCGCGGCCGGGCUGCUCAUCCAGCUGUACUGCCUGGUGUCGGGGUGGUACUUCCUCGCGCACGGCCUGGCGCCGCCAUGCAGGCCACUCUUCCAGUGGCUUCUGUGCUAUUGUGUUGCACUUACUGUGUUUCCCGUCUGCUUCAUUAUUGCAGGACCCCUGCUGGUGUGGUACUGGAUCCGGGGCGUCAUGAUCCAGGAGACCAUGUCCAGCGAGUGCGCUCACGCAGCGCCGGCAUUCUGGUCAUUCGUCGGCCAGGUGGCAUUGCUGGGCAUCACGACCUGCAUUUUGGGAGUGAUGGCGUGCGGCAUGAUGGCCUGCCUCAUGCGCCGCGCGUCCAUCAUCCGCCAGCGCUGGGGCUCCAGCGGCGCCGCGUCACAGGCCAUCAUCGAGCGCGUGUUCGCGACGCCGCGGCCGCAGGUGCCCGUCGACACCGAGUGCGUCAUCUGCUUGGAAGUCGCCGAAGACGCCACCGAAUGGUGCAGGUUGCUCUGCGGGCACUUGUUCCACGAGCGGUGCCUGCGGGAGUGGCUCCGGCGAGCACGUCGGUGCCCUUUGUGCAGGCUGGACCUGCACGCCGCCUACUGGACCGACGAGUCCGCCCCUGCCAGCGGCCACCAGGUGCAGACAAACAUUUGACUUGCGCGUUGUAGGCUGGAGGGCUUGGCGAAUGCACCAGUCCUGACAGACCUCUCGGUCUCCUCCGCGUCAUUCCCCCUCAGCGCCCUCCCUGCACCUCUUCUCAUGAUGUUGGCAGUAGCGGGUCUGUUGGGCCACCCCAGUGCACCACAGGCUGAAGUAGGGUGCGAUGCUUAGCGGUGCAACCACACCACCCAUAGCAGUGGUAACUUGACCGGUCGUCGAGUCCUGACUCUUCAGACUCUGACGCGUGCGCGGCCUAA